CCUUAUAUAUAAGCCACCGUGUAAGUUAUAAUAGUCAGUGCGGAAACAUCAUUCGAUCUCGAUCCAGAACUACCAAGAUGACGAUCAUACAAGUUGUUUUACUCAUGCUGGCGGCGAUGGCGGUCACGGCGAGACCCUCGUUCCACGAAGGCCACGGUUUUCUUCAUGGGGCAGAUGAGCCAAAACUCAUCUCGCAAUCGGUACAUUUGCACGAGGUGCCGACCAAAGUCAUCAAGGUUACCAAGACGGUAGCCAUCAAGGUCCCCGUGCCAUAUCCCGUUAAGGUACCUCAUCAUAUUCCAUUUCCGGUACCAGUAAAACAUCCCGUGGCGGUACCAGUACCGCAAAUAGUGAAAGUGCCGCAGCACGUGCCAGUGCCGGUGGAGAAGCCAGUUCCGGUGGAAUUGCACCAGCAGGUGCCAUUGCUGGUAUCUAAACCGGUGCCUGUGCCACAUCCGGUGCCUGUACCACAUCCAGUUACUUUGACCAAGCCAGUCUUCGUCCCAAUACCGAAGGCGAUCCCGAUCCCACAAUCGAGUCACGAUGAAGGUGGUAUUUCCGCUGGAGCUGUGGCUGGAGGUGAUCAUGCCAGCCACGAGACGACCAACUACAGCACUUAUACCAUUCAAGGCCAUGGAGCCUACGACCAUGGCGGUGAUCAGCAGGCCCAAUUCCAGUCAUCCCAGCCCGACUACUCGGCGGAUCAUUAGCUUUCGAAAUGCGACAGGUCGACUGAUUAUGGCGGUGUGCGAGAUCCGUAUGGCUAAAAGGAAAAGUAAAUCGAGAAGUAAAUCACCGGCGUAUAAUAUAUGCGAGCCGGUUACUUUGAAAGCAGUUUAAGCAUAAUGCUAAAGGGUUCGACAGGUAAACACGAAUGCUAAGUGACGAUGUCCUUUUUUGGAAACUUGAUUUAGUCUACUUUCAAAAUUGAUGGCUCGAUGCAAAUAUAAAUCAGAGUUUCCCAAAAAGUUAUAUAUGUAUCACAUUUGAAAAAAAAUAUUAGAUUUAUCAGUUAUUUAAAGAUAAAAGAAAAAA